CAGCAAGGGCCACACCUUCGACCUCCUUCACUCUCCUCGGCCAUGGACGCCGACGCCGCGGACACGGUGGCGUUCGAUGCCCCAGGGUACUUCCGCUUCUACAAGAGCGGCAAGAUCGAGCGGCUCAACCCGUCACCCAUCCUGCCCGCCGGCGUCGACGAGUCAACCGGCGUCACCUCCAAGGACGUCAUCCUCGACGCCGACACCGGCCUCACCGUGCGACUCUACCUCCCCAACCUCCAAGAAAAGCCCUCCGCAAAGCUCCCGGUCCUCGUCUACUUCCACGGCGGCUCCUUCCUCAUCGGCUCGGCCAAGGACACCACGUACCACACCUACGUGAACGCCCUCGCCGCGGCGGCCGGUGUCCUCGCGGUGUCCGUGGACUACCGCCUCGCCCCGGAGCACCCGCUCCCCGCGGCGUACGACGACUCGUGGGCGGCGCUCCGGUGGGCGGCGUCGGCGCAGGACGGCUGGAUCGCCGAGCACGGGGACCUGUCCCGCCUCUUCCUCGCCGGCGACAGCGCCGGCGCCAACAUCGUGCACGACAUGCUCAUGAGGGCGGCGGACUGCGAGGGCCCGAGAGUGGAGGGCGCGAUACUGCUGCACCCGUGGUUCUGCGGGAGCACGCCGAUCGAGCGGGAACCUCCGGCGGUGACGAUGGUCACGGGGAUGCUCUGGUCCUACGCGUGCCCGGGCGCGGCGGGCGGCGCCGACGACCCAAGGAUGAACCCGCUGGCGCCGGGAGCGCCGGCGCUGGAGAAGCUCGGGUGCGUGAGGAUGCUCGUGACCGCGGGGCUGGAGGACGGGCUCGCCGCGCGGAACCGCGCGUACCACGACGCCGUGGCCGGCAGCUCGUGGAGCGGCAACGCGGCUUGGCACGGGUCCGACGGGGAGGGUCACGUCUUCUUCCUCCAGAAGCCCGGGUGCGGGAACGCCAAUCAGCUCAUGGACCGCAUCGUCGCCUUCAUAGCCGGUGCCUGAUCGAUGGAGUUGAUCUGUGCAUGUCCGAUUGAUUUUAUUUCCGAAACCGAGUGAUCUUUUACUGUAGUGAGUAAAGAUAAAAUAAGCCAUGGCGGGCGGUACGAGGUGUAAUUCCAUGAAUUGAGCUUUCUUUAUC